GUUAAAGUACAGCAAGCAAUAGUAAUUACAGAUAAUGUCUAGAAUCAUCAGCUUAUAUCUUCUUAUUGUGGCUACCCUUCUUCAAUUAGGCAGUACCACUGACCCAGUAAGUGCACUUAGUGAUCUAAAAAGUGGAGUUAGAUUCUUACGGGGAAUACUGAAUCAUGGAACUAGAGUGACUUUAUUACCGAGUAUAAAAUACUUGUCACCAAUGCUUGAGAUACUAAGAUUAAGAGCUGAUAUUGAAAAGGAUGCUGCAGUACACAAAGUCCUUGUUCAUUUAGAAGACAGCAUUUGUGAAGAAGUGGAAGAAAAAACAAGAGAGGUUGCCAUGCAAUACAGCUGAGACACAAGGAGUUUCUAUAGCUAUGAGAGCACAAAUGGAAGUUACUCACUUGAUACGUGCACUGACUUUGUACAAGAGGAGCUCAAGAAUCAAUGAAUGCAAAUGGGCCAGAGAUAAGAACAUGUACUCAGAGAAUGAAGCAGUGAAUGAAUACUUAGAAGCAAAAAUAAAUGGACAUACAUCAUGUAAAUUUUAUCGAGUAUGAAGUAUGACCAUCACUUGACCAUCGCACUUUCACAUUAUAGUUUUGUUAGUUAAUAUUAUAAUAAUCACUAUUAAAUUAACAACUCCACUGACACAGUUACGUUCAUUUUAGAGACAGGAAAUUUAAUAAUAAA